GUUGAGCGGCGCGGGGGGUCGGAGCCUGCGGGAGCGCGCGGGCCCGGCCCCAGCUCUGCCGGCGGUGCCGCCGCUGUGCCGUCGCGUGCUGCCCCGGCCCGCCUCGCACACAGCACCAGUGGGACCUGCUCUAGUUGUCAGAGCACACCCGAUGAUAGGCAGGCACAGCGGUAUUUGUGACGCGGGGCUGUGUCUGUUCUGAGAAACGUGCGGGCUGGGGGUCACAGGGAGAAGUCCCGUCGGGUUUGGUCAGAACGGCACAUCGUUUCAGAGACCACGGGUGUGCGUUUGGGUUGGAGAUCAUCGAGUCCAAGUCCACCACUAACCCAUAGCCCUCAGCACCUCAUUGGGUACACACUGAGAGCCCAUCAAUGGACUUGGAAGCUAAAGAUGAAGAGGAGGAGAGUCUGCAAACAGCUUUCAAAAAGCUGAGAGUGGAUGCAGCAGGAUGUAUCGCAGCUCUGGCCGUGGGCGACGGGACGAUCCUCAGAACACCGCAGAGAGCAGCUGUGGACGGAGCCAAGCAGCAGGGUGUCUGCUCAAAGGAAGCGUGGCACGGGUGUGUGAGAAAACCUUCCAGAGGCUCAGCCCGAGCCCCACGUCGCAGACGCUCCAAGUCUCCUGUCCUGCAUCCUCCCAAGUUCACGUAUUGCAAUGCGAAAGCCAACCACCAGCUGAAACACAAAGCCCAGGCAGACACAUCAAAGGGCACCAGCAGUGCAGAGGUUUUUGUGGCAGCAGAGCACGGGACGAAGGACGGGCACGAGUCUCACUUUGAGGCCAGCGACAGCAGAACUGAACCUUCGGAAGCUUUCACCGCCAAAGAGCCUUUGGAGAAGUCAAGCGAGAAUCGCCCUGCUCUCUCCUCAUCCUUUGAGACUAGCUUGCACUCUAGCCAAACCUCAGAUUUCCAGUCCUUAUCCAUGCUUGGCAACGGCAAGCAGUGCCCUUGCAGGGACCAGAAGUGCCGGUGCAGGCAGUGGCGGGCCAUGCGCGUUUACUCCUUCUCGGGCCUGCGGAGCGUCCUGUCCGAGUGCGAACGGGCCGUGCGAGGGGCGCGCGCCCAGGCGCUGCCCCACAGACCCCCCUCGGGGACAGCCGCAGCCGGUUCUCCCCGAUCGUGUUCCGAGCAAGCUCGAGCCUUUGUGGAUGAUGUGACUAUUGAAGAUCUUUCUGGAUACAUGGAAUAUUACUUGUAUAUUCCCAAGAAGAUGUCUCACAUGGCAGAGAUGAUGUACACCUGACUGAAAGCAAGAGAGGAUCCCGAGGCGGAGUUGGCGGUAACAGUUGGGUUAAAACGCCUCCUUAGUGCCAUUUUUUCACUGUUGUGUGUUUGAGCAAGUGUUUCUUUGCCUCAUACAGUUUAGUUUUCUAAUAAAAUGAAAGAUGGAAUAUAGUUUCUGAGCUUAGUUCUAAACAGAAUGCACUAAAGUCUCUGAAUACCUUAACAGAAGCACUGUAGAGCUAACAAACUCCCUUUGGUUUUCAGUUUGUGCUGUGGAUAUCCAAGCUCUGUGUGCUGUUUUCACUAUGGUUUGGGUUAAAAAAAAAAGCCUUUUAGGUUUUGUUCUGAAGUUUUGCAGUGUUGGAAAGUUCAUUCUUAAUGUUUGCCAGUGCUUAAAGAAAUGUUUAAUAGCUACAGUUCUGUCUUCCUCAUCCUGCUCUAGAGAGAGGAAUGAGAAGAUGGUCAGUACUUGGGGUAGGGCAGUUCUCUUUUCCCUGAGCACUGCCUUGGCUCCUUUGUAGUCUGAUGAAAUUGCAAAUGCUUCCUCCUCACACAUUUGUUGGGAGAUCCAGCACGUGCAGGGUGUGUGCUUGGACCCUUUCAUGAUCUUAACUAGCUCACUCUUAAGCAGUUCUAUUUUUCUGCAGAUAAGUGAUGCUCUUUGAAGCAAAAGUCUAUUUUGUUACUUGUGCUUUACAGAUGGGAUAAUUUAGAGGGCAGUGAAGCAGGCUAAUGGCUUUGUUUUGGGCCAUGCUGUCUCAGAAGUGGAGAUGGUGGAGCCGUCUCUACAGAUGGUUUCUGAGUAUGUUUGGUACACGAAACAGUGUGGAAAGUGAGUAAACAAGAAGUGUGUAUCAUACAGGCUUUGUGAUGUGGAGCUAUAACAUUCCUUCUGGUGGAAAAAUAUUGAAAUAAAGAAAAAACAAACCUUC